AUGGCUCCAGCUACAUCACCUCCCAGGCUUUCGAGGAUAUCCCUCGUAUGCCUCUUUGCCUCGCUCAUCACAGCUACGCAUGCAUCGCAUCUCUUUCUCCGUCAAGCAGAAACAUGCGGAGGGAACGCAGACCUGCAGCAGUGCGGAUCAGACUUCCCGUCUUCCUUUUGCUGUCCCAAGGACUCAACAUGCAUGGCUCUCAACGGUGGAGACAUACAAUCAGUCAUCUGCUGCCCAUCCGGUUCAGACUGCGCCUACAUUCAGCCAACCACUUGCGACACCACGCAGCUGAACGCUACCCUGCACCCAGACAACCAGAUGCAUCUCUCCGAGACUGACGGUAUCGACUUACCUAAAUGUGGUGACAAAUGCUGUUCAUUAGGCUACACAUGUCAGGGCACCAUGUGCGCCAAAGACACCUCCCCAUCGCCGACCCCAUCUCCAACAUCAUCUGCAAACGCAACGCCUUCCUCCACUAGCCCCGCCUCCGCGUCACAGACUUCCAAUUGCCCAGCAACCGCACCCAUUCAAACAAAGCAGGGCUUCGACGGAAAAUCCUUUGCAGCCGGUUUCUUCCCUGGCAUAGUCAUCGGCGCCCUCAGCACCUUGGCCCUGAUCUGGAUCAUCAAGAAAAGACGUGAAUCCCAGUCUAAGGAGCGCUACUCUGGCGACUUUGGCCAUGUAGCUCGUCAAAUUAGCGACCCCAUCUACGACCCUCAACACGCUGCACGGACAGACUUCAUGCGUCGGGGCAGCCACUCCGCCCACUCAAGCCCCAAUUCAACAGACCGAAUCGUCCAAGGCAUGAAGGAAACAAACGCCAACCCGCCUAUCCACGGCUUCACACCCAGGAUAAAAAGCAUGUGGGACCGCACUCCCAAACUAAAUUUUGGGUUUACCGGUGGUCUCCCAUCAAAUCCCGCUCCCCCCGUCCGUGCAGGAAAUCCAUAUACCGAUCCUUACCAAACUCCGCCCCCAAAACCGAAACGCAUUCACUCUGCUAGUCGGCGCACGAGUUCUCUCCGUACGAGUACCCAGACAUUUAACACACUACAGCCAGGACAACACCGUCCCAAUGUGGCAAGGAGCGGCAGCUCAGAAACUAUCGAUGUCUUGAUGCCUGCACCGAGUUUCUUAGCUCCACCACAGGCACCGGGUAUGCGGCGCGAUAAUCGCUACACAACCGACUCUGCCAACACAACAUUUACUAAACUCAUGGAGAGGGCGGGGUUUGACGAGAGCGCGCAGCAGGAGGUCAAGGCGUGGAGGACGCCUCGGGCUUAG